UGGCGAUUACUGGUGAAAAGAGAAGACCUUUGACUCUCCCCAUUGGUCAAACCUGACUGUAUUUAAAGACGUCAUUGUGUGAAAAAAGUUUCGACCUUUGACUUGUCAAGUUGCGUUAAGGAGAGAGAGAGAUGCGUAGAUCGACGAGUGGUUCAAGAGUUUCGGAUCAGUUUCCGGCGAAGACCCCGUCUCCGCCUCGAUCUCAGAGUGUUGCAGCUAUGGACGAUGAUGUGGAGCUGCUUUUGCCUAGGUACGACCCGAAUUCUGAAGCGGGGAAGAGAGAGAAUUCAAGAUUCAGAUCUGCAGAAAACGUCAUUCAUCUCAUUCCUCUCAUUCUUCUUCUCUGUGUCGUAAUCCUCUGGCUCUCCUCUCAUUCAGGUUCAAGGAGUUGAGUUCAAGAAGCAACAUGUUGUCUUGUCUCCAUGGGAACUCAGUUUUGGGUAAGGAAACCAUUUUUUACUGCCGGUGAAUUUGUGCCGCAAACCAUACGUAUCUCUUGCAUUUUUUUUUUUUGUUCUUUAUACACAUGACUAAUAUUUUCUCAUAUAGUCCUUUUUUUUAAUUUAAAUGUACAACUUUUAUUAGUUUGUAAUAACGAUUUCAACAUCACACAACUCAAUAUAAUCAUCAUUCUA